UAGGGAACUCACUCCUCUUUCAUAUCCCAAAUUCUUACUCAACGUAAGCAUUAUCAGAGGUAGAAAAAUGGCUGAGGCUGCAACAACCAAGGCGUCUACUUUGGUCGAGAAGCUUGAGACAGACGUGGAGAUCAAAGCUUCGGCUGGACAGUUUUAUUACAUGGUCGCCAGACCACACCAUGUCUCCAAAGCAUGUCCAGGCAAGAUUAGAGAUUGUGAUCUGCACGAAGGUGAAUGGGGCAAGGUCGGCUCUAUCGUCCACUGUUACUACGUUCUUGAUGGGGAGGCAAAGAUGACCAAGGAGAGUAUCGAGGCAGUGGAGCCGGAAAAGAACUUGAUCUCGUUCAGGGUUAUAGAAGGUGAUCUGAUGAAAGAGUACAAAAGCUUCUUGACCACGAUCCAGGUGACCCCUAAGCAUGGAGGGCCAGGGAGUAUUGUGCACUGGCACCUUGAGUAUGAGAAGAUUAGCGACGAGGUUGCUCAUCCCGAGACUCUCCUCCAGUUCUGUAUUGAACUCUGCAAAGAGAUGGACGAACAUCUCUUGUCUGAGGAAUAGAGGAGUACUCCUCGUGUGACUUUCGUCACUUUCCUAUCAGUACUUGUGUGCAUGGUUGAGGCAUGUUGAUUUCAGUAUUAAAAAUUUCAAUAAAUAAUGAGUGUAUAAUAUAUAUGAGUGACAUGUGAAAAAAAUAAGGAGAUUUACUCCGCAUUUAAAAGUUUUACUCUCUCUC